AUAUUUCACAAUCUAAUAAAAACAAAGUACAGAAAUUCAUGGUAGAAGUUUCUAAAAAUUCUAGCUUGUCUAUUAAUAAUAGUAAUGAAGACAGUGAUGUGAUACCUACAGCCCUGAAUGAAACAGAAGAGUCAAAGACUCAAUGCUUUGUAUCAUCUCAACCCAGCAAUACUAGCUUUACAUUUUUAUACGAAAAACUUUGUAAUGCUAUAAUUCUCGCUGACC